AUGCCUCGCUCGGGAACUAGUGCGAACUGCUUACGUCGGACUUUCUCGUUGCCGACGGUUCCCCUAGUCGCGACGCUCGAGUUGCUUUACAUCGUUCCGUUGUGGCAUAGCAGUCUAUUUCGGCCCCGGUGGUUCACCGCCGAUUAUUACGCAAUGGAACGCCGUGCAUUACGUAACUUUCCCGAGUCACCAGGCGUUCCACUUCCACCGUCAAACCUUCGCGGGCCCCUCCACGCCCCACAGUGCCGUGGCAUAGUCGCCGUCGGUACCCUAGCAACAGCUGAUCCUCCGCCGUCGAGUUCAGAUAAGACCUAA